AUUCGAUGUGGUGUCCCGAAACGGAAUAAUGGAAGAUAUGUAAUGUCUCAAUCUCUUCCGGACCUCACUACAACAGCCAUUCUCAAGGACUCAAUGAGUGCACGAUUACGCAAAGCCAUGGUGUUCCCAUACAUCUUUAACGAUUAUACAUUCAACCUCCACAACUACAGCACAAAUGCGCCAAAUAGUUUUCUCACCCUCUUUCACAGCAUUCUGCAUUACUCUAGUCUUGAUGCAUUCAGCGUGUUCUUAGAGUAUAUGCGAGACUUACGUUUGUCUGGUAAACUGGGAACAGACGUACAGCUUCUUUACAUAUGUGCUCUUAUUGGGCCUGCUUUACAUCGUAUUGAGAAGCUCGAAAACACUGACGCAGAUUUCCUGGUUGAGUUGAUGCAUAUGGUAGAGCAAGUUACUGCACGAAUGGAUAUGAAAGAUGGUUGGUCUACACAAGCAUUGGAACAAGUGUUUGACUUUCUACACCACAUCCGAACACGGUUUGUAAAAUCAGCUGAACUUACAUCCCAAAUACGAGACAUUAUCAAAGCUAUGCCACCACCUACAUCACAAAGAUUACUGAGACUGGUUAUGUAAAGAUUGUAGGUCUAAUUUCUUAAAGUAAAAAUACACACAUACACACAUAUACAUAUACACAUAUCGAAAUCAUGGAAUAAUAGACAUCUAGAUAACAUAUUAUUAAUAUAUUGUCUAUAUAAGUAUCUAC